AUGGGAAGUCGCUGCUGCAAGCCCAGCGCAGCAAGCAAGUACCAGACACACGAAGACAAUGGCAGCUCACCACCACACGGUGAUGAAGAACCGCAGGAGCCAGCCACCAAGAAAGAUGUAGCGCCGCUCUACGAAAAAUCCACUUCCCCCGCCUCUUCUUCUUCUACCGAACCUCUUGUAGCAAAAGCCAAGGACGCUACAGAGGCAGGGAAACCAGAGCAAGAGGAGAGAGAGGGAGAGGAGGUAGGAGGAGAGGAGGGAGAAUGCAGAGAGAGGGAAAGUUCGGUUUCUCCACUCUCUCCAUCUGAGCCACUCCCCCUGAAGAGAGUCAAGGACCAGGAUCGAAAGGAUAGCAUGUUUUCCUUCAAUGUCGGGAGCACAGAGAGCCUGGUGGGGCUGUUUGGUCAAGACAGGCUCAACCCAGCCGAUUUCAAGAACAAACCAAUCAAAUUCAAGAAAAUCCAACCCACUAUCCAGACCGGCGACCUGGCAUUGCUGUACCGCCGUGAGCAUCCCGUUCCCCACGUCGCCAUAUUCGUGAACCACGUGGAAACAGACCCCCUCUUCCCUCUCCUGCUGGUGAAGGGGAAAACGAAGCCUCUACCACGCGAAAAAUUCCACCCCGGACAAACCGCGUUUCAUCCAUCCAAUCACAGCCACCACGAGGAUAUUUUACGGCGACUACGAAAGAGUCGCCGUGCGUUAUAUCCAGACGACCGAAGCAAUCGACGUGGAGAAAGCGAUGGAUGCGAUAACCGCCGUAGAAGCCAUACACUUCUCCAAGAAGGAGCAAAGUGCUAUAGAGGCGGCUGAAACGGACUAUCAGCGGAGUCUCUUAAUGUCGACGUUCAUGGCGGCUUACUAUUACAAGGAGCUGGGCAUUUUCGACGGGACACCGGAUGAAGUUACUCCAGAGAAUUUCGUGGAGCAGUUGCCUCUGUCUGAUCCUCUGUACGUCAAGCUGCCCACGGUGAAGCUGGGGCCAAUGGCACACGGCGACCCUCCGUUCUUGAAACAACUCGUCGAUGGAAUCUAUACUCCACCUGACGUUACGACACUGCCAUACGAAGAGGCCAUUCGGGGACUCGACACAGGUGACGUGGUCCUAUUCUCAGGGAGCCACAAGCCAAGGCGCCAUCAUAAAGUUCUUUGACCACUCCCAGUUCUCACACGUUGCCAUGGUACUCAAGGCACAGUACACCUCACAACUCCUUGUUUGGGAGGCCAGCACUAACCACGCCAAGCUAGUCGACGUCCAAGCUGGUGCAGUCAGAACAGGCGUUGAGGUACUUCCUCUGAGGAACAAGGUCUUCUCUGGCUGGUACGACAGGGUCGCCGUGCGCCGACUCCAAAACAUAACAUCCGAACAACGCAAGAACAUCUACGAGACGAUGCUACGACUCCGCAAGGAGUGGAUGGGCCGUUCGUACGAAAAGAACCUCGUUCAGAUGGCGCUCUCGGCCAUAAAUCCGAGCGACACGUUUCUCUCCCUCUUCCAAAACCGGGAGGAAGAUCUGAGCAGCUUGUUUUGCAGCGAGCUCGUCGCCGCGGCAUACCAGCGAAUGAAUCUGGUGACGACCGCCCGUCCUUCAAACGGGUACACCCCUGACGAUUUCUCCAGCGCCAGAGACUCAGAGAUCCUGUGCAAAGGGGUGGAGUUGAGCGAAGAAGUGUACAUCGAACUGAAAUGGCCUUCGUCGGCGUUCAAGACACAACAUAGCGUGUACUAAACAAUAGUAUAUAUGUCAUCUAUUAUGUAAUGUACGGCCGGUAUGAUGUAAGCACGCAGCGUGUCAUCUUACACUAUGCAGAACACCCCAUCUAAUAAGCACAUGUCACAUGUAUAAUGUAUAAAUGUAAAACCAAGUUUUUCAUUACUUGUGCACCUGUUCACGUAACUACAAUUUGGCUUGUGUGUGAAGAUUUCAUCCACGUGUAUAUAUUUUUGUUUUUUCAUAACAUCCAUUUCUAUAAACGACGUAAAAAAUGAGAAUGAUUAAAUUUCUCACUCUAGGCUUGCUUGUGUUUCUAGUAAGUAUUGUAACUUCGAAAGAGGGGAGAGAACAU